AUGUUAGCCAAUUACUGUUUAAGACAGAGUAAAUAUCCCACUGCUAUCACUUAUGCCGACAAGAAUUCAAUUCCACUCAAAAUGCGUUCACUUUCACACUAUCAUCCGAGUCUCACAAAGAACCAUCUGCUUUUAGCUCAAGUUUUUGUUGCUCGUGAGCAAUAUUCAAAUGCCAUAAAAUCAUUUGAAAAGGCCAUUGAAAUUCAACGCCUGAAUUUGGCAACUGAUCAUCUAGAUAUUAAGCUUGCCUAUUAUCAUAUGGGUGAUGUAUAUUGUAUGAUGCAUCAACUCGAUCAAGCGAAUGACAAGUACGAUUUUGCAGAAAAUGACAUUAACGAAGAUAAUUAUGAUGAAACUACAAAUAACAACAACCGAAGUGAUCAAAGAAGAUUGCUAGCUCGUGUAAGUAUGAAUCAACAUUUAGCUGCAGUUUAUGCAUGUCGAGCAGGAUUAGAUACGGCCGAAGCUGACGCACGUGGAAGAGAUUGGACUACUGCUAUCGAAAAGUAUUCAACAUCUAUUGAAAUUCUCGAGGAACUCUAUCCAUUCGAUACACCGAUUCAGCAGCUACAUAUGUUGCCGCUUGUAGAACGUCUUAAACAGCUGGCAUUUUAUAACGAACGUCUAGCAGAUACAAUGGCGUUAGAUGAAUCUGACGAGGCAGAGACUACGUACAAGAAAGCAUUAGCAAUUGAAAUUAAAUUACUUCGAUAUACUGAUUCUCAUGGAGGAGAAAUUAAUCGAAAGAUUGGUCGCUACUACGAACAAAACCAAAGAGAUGAAGAAACUGCAAUUAAUUAUUAUCAAGAGGCAGUAAAUGAAUCAUUAGAACCUGAAGCAGCCAUUAGUACUUACUACGCGUUAGGUCGAUUGACUGAAGAUUGGAAGGAGGAUUCUGCUGCGGCUGCAAUAUUUUAUAACAAUGCAUACAAAUUAAUUGCUGACGAUGAUGCAAAUGUAAAAGCUAUCGUGCAUGAAAAAUGUUCUUCAAAUCAAGAAUCAAGUCACGACGAAGAUCAUAAUGCAAUACAAGAACCAAGUGACAACCAAAAUGAUGAGACUAACAAUGAGAUUGCCGAAAGUAACAUGCCAGCAUCUGAACAACUCAGCGGUAGGUGGUUUGCUGGAGGUUUGCCCCUAUUUUUUUCAUUGAAAGUCAUAUUCUCGACGUGA